ACACUAUUCUGGUGAAAUCAAUCUGAAACUUGAAAAAAUACUGAGAAACCCUGUAAAAACAGCAAAUUUCCAUACAUAAACGUGUUUUUAAAACAGUGCUGGAAGGAUGACGUGUACGUAGGGGUCCUUCGGACUUCCGGUUGUGUAUAAACAGACCGCAAAGGGAGUUACCUCGCACUAAAGAUGUCUAAAGUAACGUUUAAAAUCACCCUGACGUCGGACCCCAAGCUGCCAUACAAAGUACUAAGUGUCCCUGAGAGCACGCCUUUCACAGCAGUGUUGAAGUUUGCAGCUGAGGAGUUCAAAGUGCCAUCAGCAACCAGUGCAAUUAUAACAAAUGACGGAAUAGGAAUCAACCCUGCCCAGACAGCAGGGAACGUGUUUCUAAAACACGGCUCAGAGCUUCGCAUCAUUCCAAGAGACAGAGUGGGAGGACAAGGAGACUGAUGCUGCUUUUUACUCGUUGACGGCAUAAUGACUCAACCGACAGAAUCAUAUAACACUUGAGACCCAGGAAACACCUCGGCGUGUGUCAUAUUUAUUUUUCUUGCCCACAACAGACAGUGACUCACAUGAGAGUUUAUAUAUUUGAACUUAAUGAGGACAUGCACUCACACUUGCAUGCUCCCUGCUUCUUCAUUCUGAGUCUUUUUUUUUAUUUCCUCAGUCAGUGUCGUUGGAUCUAAAGAUGAGAGUGACAUCAGAAGAUCCCCACGGUGCUGAUUAAUUAAUAUCCUCAAACACAGACAGGCAUGCUGGGAAAAUGUUAGCGAAGAUUAACAAACAAAUGAUUCAGUUGAAGCUUUUGUAUCAUUGUAAAUGAAAAUAAACCAUUAGUAUGUCAAACAAA